AUGAUCUUUUCUGCAAGUUGUUUUUCCACUUCAGCAGUAGUAGCAACAACAAAGAGUGCAUUAAUGACAAUCGUCUUGCGAAUUGUAAUCGCCAAACAUUUCGACUUAAUACAAACCAUCACGAAUGCGACCUUCAGAUGGCUCACAAUAAUUCACGAGAUCAACGACAAUGACAACUUAUUAAUUAUAUUUAGUCGUCGUGAGAUUUUAAAGCCAGUGAUCAACUUAAAAAGAUCCAAAUGUGAUGAAAGGCGACAAGAAGAACAAGAAGAUGAAGGGAAGAAGACAUCAUUUCUCAAGUCAACACAUGAAGAGUUCUCUUCCGAAAGAAACCAGUUUGAUGAUGUUUUUGUUAUCUGUUAUUCCAGCCGUGAUGUCGAUGACGAAGACAGGUUGAAGACUGUGACGGAACUUCAAAUAAGUUUCAACAUAAAUAAAAGUUGCAACAUCUUCUCUCACCCUAUCUUUAGUGAAUUUAUUAGUAUGAAAACAUCCGAAAAAAAGCAGAAUUUAAUUGAUUAA